UUUUGUUUUUAUGGUUAACUAACUUGAACAAGACUAUGGCAAAAUCAUAUGCAGUAGUUUUUUUUAUUGGACAAGACUCGUAUUCUGAAAUUCCAAGCAAUUGGCUUCUAUAUAACGAUGAACCUGAAGGAAAAAGGACGAAGUGUCAAUGGCCACCCUCAUUUGCUAAAAAUCUACAGCAAUUGUUAAAACAGAGAGUCGAACCAAGUCAAGAUUGGCCUAUUCAUGAAAUUGAAAUUUUAAGAUAUUGUGAUACUCUGGCUAAAGCAAGAAAAGCUGCUGAAGAUUCGGAAUAUGAGUCAACGACCGACAAACCAUUGGGAAGAGGAUUAAGAUCAAAGCGACUUACUGCUGUUGCUGCUGCUGCGGCUACUUUUAAUUCAAAAAACAACAAAGUAUCUGAUAGUUCUGAAGAAGACAGUGAUGAUAAGACAACUAAAAAAGUUUCUCCAAUGCCUACGAUGCAUAAGAUCCCUGCAAUUCAAAAUCAGAUAAAGCCUCCAUUGGUUGCAAACAUAUCGUCGUCUGUGCGUAAAAUGAAUGAAACUGAUGGUGCUCAAUCCGUAAUACAAAAACAUUUUGAAGACGAUUCAAGAACCACUGGUUCUGGAUGCACUAGAAAUAAUGAAAAUUAUGUUCCAUCCGACUUGGAAAAUGAUGAUGAUGAUGACGACAAUCGCUUUAAUGUACUUAAUGCAAAGUUGAAUAAGUGUUUAAGACUUCUGGGCGCAUUAACGGUAGAUGUGAAAGAUGUAAAGCAACGAACGGCAAUUAAUAAUUGUGGGAAUGCUUGUGAUGUUGGUAGUGAAACUGCCUUGCAAAUAAAAAAAGAUCUGCCACUGAAAUCAAGAGCAGAGGUAAUUGCUUUCGAAGAAAAACUGUCAAACUCACAGGAUUAUCGUCAACAAUUUGUAAAAACUAUUUAUCAGAUUGGAGGAGCGAAUGGUAAAGAUUACACAGAGAGAGUACUUAAUGCAAUAUUCUCGCAAUCAUUUGCUACCGACAAUACUUGGGAAGGCAAGAAGACCAAAUAUAAAGUCAAUAAGUUGAACUUAAUUAAAAUGUGCGAAGAGGUAAUAUUGAAGAGAUUUAGUACUUGGGACAGUGCUGAAUUUUCCAAAGCUGGAACUAAUUGGUUUCGAUUAGGGAAUCAGAGAGCAGGUCAUCAACCAAAACAAGUUGAAAAGAAAACUAAGGCUACAAACGAUAACAAUACCGAACAAUAAGAACUGGCGAGUUUCCCGAGUAAGUGAUUUCAACAAAUUCACACAAUAUUCAUUCAAUGUAAGAUUCAUACUA